CCUUGGCCUUCGCGUUCAUGUAUGGGAGGGACAGCUAAGCUUUCAGUUUCGCCUUUGCAAUCGAAUGGGAAUGCCAACUGCAAUCUGCGUCCUUGCACUCCUUGCGGGACUUGUCGCCAGCCAGAAGACCUGCCCAGAUGGAUCACUGUGCAACACCGGAGACACGUGCUGCAAGCUGAGGAACGGCAAGUACAGCUGCUGCCCCCUUCCCAACGCUGUCUGCUGCGAGGACCAGGAGCACUGUUGUCCCUCCGGUUACCGCUGUGACAACGAGACGGAUAGCUGCAAGCCGUCCAGAGCACGAGCGGCUGACGUCGAAGCCCUUCUGUUGCAGACGCUCGAAAACGCUGGCGGGCAACAAGAAAACGACUACGUCCCGUGCGGUUUAGGGGACGACGCGGUCUGUCCCGCAGGCCACACGUGCUGCACGACGACGCCAAAGUCGAAAGCCACCAACCACAGCUGCUGCCCGUUCCGGAACGCCGUGUGUUGCGCUGACGGGAAACACUGCUGCCCCGCACGGACUAGGUGCCAGCCAGCUCCUGGACGAUGCAGCUACGACGAUCCUGACGCGCCGGGAACUGGGCUGACUCCGGCGAAACCGUACGAGACGACGCGGACGCCGACGGCAGCGAAGACCAUUCCGACUGAAUGUAAAGGCGCUUUCUGUGCCACGAAAUCGUCGCCGAACACUGUUGGUAUCUGUCCGCCGGACUAUUACCAGUGCUUGAACCCCGUCUACUGCUGUCCCGUCAACUUCCUCUGCACGUUCACGAGUGCCUGCGUGCCGUAGCCCCUCUUCGUGCCAGAGACUGACGCGGUGUGCCAAUACGAGAGCCGAUCUUGUUAACUACAGCGCCAAGGCAGUCAUGUGUCUAUGCUGCGAGUCGCAAAGCGCAUCCUGUGGCUGCUUUCUGCUAAAUCUCCAUGCUUACUAUAUGUCGUUCGUACGUAGCUGCUGCGACAAUUAGGAAAUCACACAGGCGUAUGAGCAUAUACAGGAAAAAUAAAAAAGGACCCCACAAGUCAGUGAUUGAUUUGAACUGAACUGACAAUGUUGGUAACAAUAUAAAUACAUCCUCGACUGCCACUCCCCUGCAAGAAGAAACCGCUGUACGAUCGACUAAAACAAACGAACAUAAUGGAACGGUGCCCAUGCGUAUAAAGGCCGAUUCACGUGGUGCGAUUUUGAUUUCUUAAGUGCAGCGUCACGCCUAUGACAGAUAUGCUACCGGGCCGACAGUUUGAAGAUAAUGUCUUCCUUGGCGAGUUACCGCCCCUUUCCCUUAUGGAGUAUUUCUGUGUUUGCCUGGGCCGAUCCUGGAGAUAGUGCAGUCUACAGAUGUGGGCCGAUCCAGAAGGUUGUGCAGCCUAAAGUUCGACGCUCUUCUUCACUGCGAUCGGUGCAUGUAACAAAUGCACGUGAGGUAAUCGCACUUCCAAAUAACGAAAUAAAAAAUAGCUUUGAUGGAGUUUCUUGAAUAAAACAAAAUUGAAAACGCACGCUUACCAAAUUAUCUGCAAUGAGAAAUUUGACAUGGGACUUGUAAAAUGACAUCCGUCCUUAGCUUCCUCAACUGGUAAAGAUAGCAUCAGCAGCAAACAUUUCUCGGCAUCACAUUUCUCAGUCUCUUUCGUUUUGAAUGUUCUGUUGAGUUCCCUUAUGACGAAGAAGUCUCUAAGUUGAUAAGCCGUGCGCGUUUUGUUCGAUAGUGGUUAUAAGUGCAGAUAAGAGCGCAGUCGUGCUCUCGGACACAAUUCAGCGCGAAUUAAGUGUACUCGAACUAUACGUCAUAAAGAAGAAUAGCCUCAACUUUCCUUCUGAUACGCCGAUGUCAAUUGCCAACAUUACUUAUGACGUUGUGUGCACAGUUUUUAUCAGUAAUUACUAGGGGGAACUCUAGCGCUGCGAUCGCUCGGCCAGUAUUAGAAGCAUUGGCUUGCAGCUCACGUAGACUCUAUCGCCACACUUCCUUCUAGUAAUUAUUGUAUGGAACUUAAUGGUUAGGUGGGUUCACGCAUGAUUAUUGUUGUUUCUGCCCGUCGAGCGUAUCAUAGCGUAACUACAAUUUCCAUCUUGAAUGAAGCGUGCAAACAAACAAAACUGAUUUCCUUUAUUUAGUAACCGCGUUUACAAAUUGUUGUAUUUAUAGUAAUUCGCUAUAUCCAUGUUCUAUUGUAACGAGUCUAUGUGUAUACUAUUACUUCCUUUUGGCACUUCCGCUAAUGAUCUGCAGGCAGGCCAGAAUGAAAGCCUAACAGCGUGAAAAAAGAAACUGAAAACAGAUUACGCAUAACUAUUAGACGUGGGUGAAUAUAAAGUUUUUUCGAAUACGAGUCGAAUACGAAUACACAGUUACUAUCGAAAUCCAAUUGAAUUUCGAACAAUCAAACGCAGAGGCUUAUAUUUACAGCAGGAAAAUUUAUUUUGUCUAAUUAGGUACCGCGCUUGUACUGACCAGCGAAAAAAAAGACAUCAGACUAUCACGGACAAUUAAAAUCAGUUUUAGACAUAAUAUCACUACAUAUAUGUCAUUAAAAGAACUGCACGAACAGCCUUCCAACAUCUUUACAGCCUGUUUACAAACAACGUUUCCAAAAUUGAAUAGCUGCAGUACGACUAUCUUUCCAAAAGCGUUAAAUAAAUGAUUGCCGAAAAAAAAACGCGUUGUAAAAAAAAAGUAUGCGUAGAAUCUCCUGUGGGAGUUAUCUAAAUGAUACGUAGGCAUUUGCUACUACUCACUUGCUGUUGCAUCAUCGUAUGCUGCUGUGUUUCGUACAAUUGCGAGAAACGCCGAGAAAGAAUCGUGAAACAGAGAAGCACCCUACGGCAACACCGAAAUGUUAACUGUGACGACGAAGAAGAGGCGAGUAGUAGCACUGUUCGCUCACGUUAUAGAUAACUCCCAGAGGAUGUGGACGUGGGAUGAACUGACCAGAGAGAUUUUGUAAACGAAGCAAAUAUAUACAACAUUUGUUAUGUA